GUUCAAGCGGCGGGAGUUUUUGUCGCUUCACGAUCUUCGCCUCCGAAUCGGAGCGACUGCAACAGAAAUAUAAACGAGGGGGGGGGGGGGGAGGAGGCAAAUACAAAUAAAAACAGGAGAGUUCACUAAUAAACACGCAACUUAUACACCUCAGUAGCUAACGCACGGUCAAAGAAACUCCCCCCUCACGAGCAGAUCGACGCCGCUGCUACGGGCGGCAUGGAUGUGCCGUCGCUCGUAAACAAACUGGGCCACCAUCUGGAGGAGAUACGUGUGCGGGCGCUCAAGAAUCUACUGCUCAAGCUGGAGCAUGGCUUGCUGGCUGAGGCGGACCUGGUGCAGGAAAAGCGCUUGCUUGUCCGCUUGCUUGAGUGGUUCAACUUCCCUUCUGUGCCCAUGCAGAAAGAAGUGCUGGGGUUGCUGCACAAGCUUUCCCAGCAUUCUUCUGCAGCGGGGUUACUGGUCGAAAUUGGAGCACUUGAGUUCCUGGCGCAGCUGCGGCCUAACGUGCAGGCGUCACUGCAGGCACCUGUGGACAGCAUCAUGGACUGCCUACUGCGCCUCCCAACAGUGCAGCCCGAGACCCCCUCUGUGAUGUACUCUGCCAAUUCCCCACCAGAGGACACUCACCAGCAAGGUUCUCUUGCUUUGAAACCAAUGCAGGCAGAUGGAAACACGGGCUAUUUUAUACACAGCAAGAAGGAAAAGGACAUUCCAAAAAACAACAUAAUCUUGCCAGUAAACGACGUUGUGAAGUGUUUAAAGUUUUCUACAUUUCCAUGGCUCUGCCUAACUCCAAAUGAUAAGCAUGUUCUGACUUCAACGGAAAGGUCCUUACGGAGUAAGAAUGCCAGCCUGAUUAGAAGUUCCUGCGACUUUUUAUUGGAUGUGAUGAUGUGUGAUUUUCCUGCUGAAACAUUCUUACAACGGCCAAAUAUAGUAGAGAACCUGUUGCUGCUAUUGAGGCUGGCCGGAGGAGCAGAUGGGACCCACCAUCUGGCCUUGCAUGCGUUACGGUGCCUCCACCACCUGUGCCGAAACCUCACCAGCCGACUUUGCUUUCACAGGGACCCUGCGUUCUUUUCCACCAAGCCAGAUGUGGACUAUCAGAACUCCUCAGUAUCCAGUUCAGGCACCUCAGUGGAAUCAGAUGAGCGAUCAGCUACCGCUGCUGCCACCAGCCCUCGCCCGUCUACUCAGGGUCACAGGGACCAGCGGCCACGUGGGGACGGCAGGGACGGUGACCUUUCUUCCUCUGCCUCCAGCACCGGUUCAUCUGAAAGCCGCAAUGAGACCUCAAGUCGUGCCACACCAUCCCCACUGGAACUGGGCACGACGGGAGGUGAACUGGAUGCAGACUUCACUCUGGAGUUGCAGCUACAGCAGUGGGGGCUACCCAACUUCUGUCUGAUGGCAAUGCAACCAGCCAUUGAUAUGCUUAAAACAGGGAGCAGCCGUGAUGUCCUCGGUGUGCUGGAGCUGCUUGCGUCGCUGAGCUCGCUGUUGUCCGAGUCUCUAACGUCGGAUGUUUGGCAGGACAACAGCUUGAUCGGUCGGGACCUGGCUGAGCGGAUGUCGGGCAUCCUAGAAAGCCUGGCGGAGGUGGUGUCUUACCACUACACAAGCCGUGUUGCUGAAGGGCAGCCUGAGCCGCAGCGUGCACACCAUCGCCUCGCCUUCAACGGCUGUGCCCUAGCAUUUCUACGGCUGGUGCAAAUGCUGGUGCCUCUAGAGCAGGCAGGGACCAUUCUACCUGGGAGUGUGGUGUCAGCACUGAGCAUGAUUUCGCUGGACGUCCCAUUCUGUCGCACUUUCCCGACCGCCUGCGAUGCGGCUUGGUCCUUCCUGGAGCAGGCGAGCUCCGAGUGUCACUCGCUGAGCACACGCGUUGCCUCCGUUACCCAGUCGAUGGAGUGCACCUGCACUUUUCUGCGAGAAUUCACCAACCAGGACGAUGGAAAUAUGUUGGAGCUGAUAGAACUUGCUGACCAAGCUGUGGAAAGUAUACCGUACCACCUGCACCUUCCCUUCAUUCAACACUUCAUAACCCUGUGUUCCAAAAUACACAAGACAUUGCAACCUAGCCCAACUGCAGCUGGUGAAAGCAGAAAAGUCUUGCUAAAGCUCUUGUCACACCCAGUGAAUGUGAUUCGAGCUAAUGUCUACAGCAACUGUCUUAAUAUAGUCCAGGAAUCAUUAGGCAUUCACAAUGUGACAAAGUCAGUGUCCACAGCCUGCCUCGGAGUACGCUUCUUGCUGCACAGUCGGGUGCUGUACGAAUUGUGUGCCUUUGGCCUCCAGGAUUCCCACAAAGAGGUUUGCUUGGCAGCCCGGGCCAUUGUGCUGUACCUGCUGCAGAGCCGGCUGCUCAUGUGCGCUGCUACCUGGGGACAGCUUUUGGAGGCCCUCACUCCUGUACUGCCUGUUCUGCAGGGUUUUGCAGGAGAGGAGGGAGCUCUAGGCUCUGCGAUCGUAAACCUAAGUGAGACGGAGAGCCAGAGUGGUGAGGGUCCCAUCCCGCGGACCGAUCGUCUCCGUGCCUCCCUCCGUCUGCUCCUGGCCAAGCAGCUUCCUGUUCGCUCGGCUGGAGUGCAGCAGCUCGCGUGGCACCUGGUGUCCGAGGAGCAGGCAGGACAUAAGCGGCCCCACUUGCCCGGCACCGUGCUGGCUGGGGAGCCCAACCUGCUCAUCCCAGACGUGCCGCUGCGUCCGGACACCGAGACCAUCGGCAAAUCGGUGUUCAAGGAGGACGCAGUGUGCAAGGUCUAUGGGAUUUUUAUGUCUGAGGCGGUGGACCUCGCUGUAAAGAAGUCUGCAGCUGAACAGCUUACCAUUAUGAUGCAAGACACAAUUCUGCACGGUGUAUUAAAAAAGCAAGGCGCAGUGGAGAAGGUGAUUUCACUGCUGCAUCAAGCUGUGCAUAAAGAUGGAAGGGGGCUGGAAUGCAUGGUGAGGCCAUGCUUGACGUUGCUGAGGCGUCUCGUGUACCACGAUCCGUGUUUGCGACAUCGCUUGGCUUACCAGCCCACUCUGCUGCUGUCUUUGCUCCGAGUGUUGCUGGUUUAUCAGUCAGAAGCCGUGGUGCAGUUGGAGGUUUCUGUUCUGCUGUCUCUCCUGCUGUUUGAUGAAGUGGCCCAAAUAGAGAAAUGGUCUGAUUCAUAUCCAUUGGAUGGCUGUGAUCCUCAGCCAUUGAGUCUGCCUCUUGUUGUAGAACAACGAUUUCAUCUUCCGCUUGUAAUGGCGACGCACCACGUGGUGAGCCCGCACAGAGUGAUUCCUCCGCCGCCGUCCGAUCCCUUGGUUGCUCCGCCAGCCAGAGAUGCCAUCAGACUUGGCUGGAACCUCGCAUGGCACCAGGGUGUAGAGGCUCUGCUGCAGGCACAUGCUGCGUCACAGCUGGAAGCAACAAACCAAGGGUUUCCUGAACUGCUGCGAAUGAACGGGAGCGAUGUGAUGGGGCUGCGCUUAACGCACAUGCCCUGCAGCCUGCAGCUGUGCCUGGAGGCGGUGAGCCGAGCGGCCUCUCACGGCGAGGCAAAGCUGGCCCUGCUGCGUCUCCGCCUGCAGCUGCUCAAUGAUGCUCUGCUUCCCCAGCCGGGAGCAGAGAGCAAGGCUGCACAGAUGCUCCUCAGCAUGGACUGGCGCUCCACAUUGAAACGCUUCCUGGUGGUUCGUCCAGUGAGCAAUGCAGAUGAGAAGUUGCUGGGGGAAGUGCUUGCCUUCCUGCAGGCCCUGUUACAUGCUCAAGGAGACAUUCCAGACCAUAGCAUGCUGCAGUGGAUACUGCUGCUCCUCAAAGAGGAAUCAAAUCAUCUUCUUGAUCUGCUCAACAAGUCAAAUACCCAGGUUGAUGCACGUCACACUGUGACUGAAUCUCCCACUCGAAAGGGAUUAUUGAAAGAGCUCUCAUCAUUAUUUAAUGCCUUGGUGCGAGCACUGGGCUGCAGUCCAGACAAACAAAGCUUGGCAGCAUCGAACGGUGUCCGUUGCCACCUUGCUGCUUUGCUGCUGGGUCGGCUGAAAGAAGCGGAUAGCUCCGGAUUCUACGAGCUGCCAUCUCUGGAAGCCACACUGCGCGGCAUGGCUCAUGCCACGGCUCUGCCAGGAUGGAGCGUCGCUUCUACGGCCACGCAGCCAAACAACCUCCGCCUGCAGUAUCUCGCCUCCCUCCAAGAGAUUGUGUUGUCAUUCAGCAUUGGGCGAGAAGGAAAUGGCCUUUCAUUCCUUGGCAAAGGGGUCACCAAAAGUGCCGUGGUGUGCCUGCGACAGCUGGCUAGCGAGAUGAGCGAUCAGGCUGAAAACCAAGAUUGGGUGAGCCCUUGGUCUUGGUCUCGGAAGGGUAGUGGCCGCGGUGAAACAGCUGCGCAGCUAGGGCUGACCUGGCUCAUCUCUUUAUGGGUGGACAGAGAUCUGGAGGUGCGUUUGGCCAGCCUAGGCCUCGGGACGGCACUGACUUCUGAGGAGCAAGGCUGCAUGGCCCUAGUUGCCGCAUGCCAAAACAUCUCAGGAGGCCUUUGGGGCACAGCACUGAAGAUUCUGCUUGACCAGUACGAGUCCAGCAUGGUCCGCUUGGAGGCUGCCAGCAUCCUGCAGAACCUGCUAGUUCUGCCAAUGCCAGCGUCAGCGGAUGAAGCGGGGGAUGGCUGCUGGCAGGGCCCAUGCGUGCACGAUGAGGACACAGACCUCUCGCUUGUGGGGCUGCCAGCUCUGCUGGCCCUUCUCUACCACUGCCGCUUUUACCAACACUUUGCCGGCAUGAUCGCAAACUGUUGCCGAGAGGCGCGUCUGGUGUACGCCAGCCCACCACAGGACGGCAAGUCGUCACACGGAGAAAGCAGUUCGGCCUCUGCCGAGCUGAGUGAUGCCCUCGGACACCCGGGCGGUAGCCCAGCAGCAUCCAACCCCCACCCAGGGCCCAGCUGCCCAUCCACCUCCUCCACGUGGGAUCAUUUGAUUCCUGGAAAUGGAGUCGACGGCACUCGCACCGGCAGAUAUCCCGCCAACAGACUUUCCGCGCAAGGGCAAAGUGAAAGUGAGGGGCAGGAGUCUGUGAACAGUGAAGGCACUCAAGACGCCCAGUGGGAACGGCGUGGCGUGCAUGCUGACAGUAGUGUAGUGACCCCCCACCUCGUCUCUGGCAUGUGCCGACUUGUCCGCAACGUGCUUGCCCUUGCUCCCGAAAUGACAGCCCACUCACUCCUCCAGCACCAGAUCCUGUCCAGCCUCAACAGAUGUGCAGAUGCAGGCGUGCUGGGUGCCUCUCUCUGCGAGAUCAGGAACCCCACACAGACUCUGCACCUUGCCAGGGAGUCCAAGGCUCUGGUGCUGUCACUGCUGGAUCUGCAGGCGGCUGUGUGCGAGCUGGUGGAGGCUUGUGCCAUUCUCUCUCUCGGCACAGUGCUGGAGGGAAGUCUGCUGGGAGAUCUUUUGCAGAACCUCCUUGCCGUCUUUUCCCAAACCAAGUCCAAGAUCUUGGAUGUGGAGGUACAGCAGGCAGUGCACAGAGUAUGGGAGAAGUCGCUUAGUCUGCAGUGUGUGCUGCUAAGGAAGGCUGGACCCACCAUGCUGCCCCCGUUUGUCUCUGCUGCAUGCCAUCACUGGGGUGCUCUUGUCGGAUGCUUGAAGACGUGCCUCAAAAUGUCUUCAUCCAACCGCUCUCUGCAUAUAGCCACCAUGCAAUUCCUGGCCAUGCUGUUGGUAGAAGAAAGCAAAAGAAAGCUGAGUUUGAAAUCACCAGAAAAUGAUGGCGAUGAGGAUGAUGGAGUAGCACCUGAAGCAGAGGACGCCCACCCUCACAAACUCUGCCUUCAGAAAGCGGACGGGUCAACGAAUGGCAAACCGAUUUCUCUUGAUACCGGUGGCGUAAGUCGGAAGACAAGAUCGGUACGAGCAGAGCGGUCAAGAGAAUCUCGUACUCGUGUUGGAGAAGGCGAGCGGAGAGUUCGGUCAUCGGCGAGCAUGGGAGCAGCGUCUGGUGAUCCAGCCACGCUGAUGUGGCUGCUCGAUAGAGAUGGCUCGUGGGAAGCGCCACUCGCCGGGAGCCAGCUCUGCAAGAUCAUCUUGCAGUGCUUUGAGUGCAGGUCUACUGAUGAUCUACUUGGAGUGCAUGCCACGUCUGCUCUCUGUUGUCUCCUCGCUGUCAGCGCAUCAGCCAAGAAUUAUGCCCGUCAAGCGGGCCUGAUUGAGGGCUGUGUGGAGCAAGCCAAGCAAGCUCACAGCAAGCUCGAGUUGGACUCACUGGAGCAAGCAAAACCAGCCCCGAGGAAGAAGGAGGACCGACUGCUGAGAGAAUUGAGGACUCUUCUGGAAGUUUUGAGGAACUGUCUCUAUGAGAGCGAGGAUUGCAAGGUUGCGGCGUCGGAUGAGCGUCUGGCCGCCGUGCUCCUGGCCCUCUGGCCCUACCUCCUCGCAGACGACUCCACUCUGUUGGCUGCCCUCCGCCUCCUCUGCGUCUUUACAACCAGCUGUCGCGCAGCGUGUCUGUCCUGCUGCAUUGGAGGCACUGGCACCUGUGCUACCGCAGGGGGUGGCUCCUCCUUGGUGCAUGCGGUGAUUCGCUUGUGCUCGGUGCGUGCGGGAGACUCCUCUGCCGUCGAGCGUCACGCCUUCACGUUGCUGUCCAACCUCCUGCUCUCGCACGAGGGCAAGGGGGUCCUGCAAAAGAGCAACUUCCUGCAGCAGUUUGCGAGUUUGCACCCUCCUAAGCUGAGCCGAGCUUCCAGCCCACUCGUGCUGCACUGGCUGGGCCUACUGGUCAAUCUCACCACAUCGGAGGAUGGGCAGCAGAUGGUGCUGCGCCUGGGCGGUAGCCUGGAGCUGCUGCUGGAGAUGGCAGGGCACCAGCAGGCCGCCUGCCACCGUGCCGCCACUCUCGUUCUGCACAACCUGUGCUUCAGCACAGCCAACAAGGCCAUCAUCCUGGCCAACGAAAAAGCUGUCGCCUUCCUGGCCAGAUGUCUGGAGAAUGAGACCCUCGAGAUGAGGUCCCUUGGGUCCAGCGCGCUGUGGGCACUGCUCUACAACUCACAGAAGGCUAAAGUAAGCUUGAAAAAUCCAUCGAUCAAGAGAAAAGUUGAUGAUGCAUUAAAGGCACAUCGAAAAGGUGUGAGAGCAGAGGAUUUCAAGCUGUACACAUAUUGCCUCAAGAGCCUGGAGAAUGUGUCUACCUUACUGAACACCUAGGCAGCGUAACUGUUCAUGGAUAUUUUAAACAGUGUAGUAUGCUUUGCUUGAAUCAAAUCCUGUGUCUCAAACUUAAAAUAAUGUGUAUUUAUAUAAACGGUGUUUAUAUUUAAAAUGAUCAACUGCAAGUGUGAUUGAUUUUAUUUGACAAACUAUGUAGUUAAUAUGCGAAUCAUGAUUAUUAAACUGUGCUAUUGAAUCUUAAUUAUGGAGCUUUGAACGUCAUUGCCACUUGACUAUUUUGUUGAUGCAGAUCCAAGGAGGGAUGCGACUAAAUCAAGGGGGUGUCUUCAUGGCUGCUGUCAAUUUCUGGUGCCAUUGU